AUGGUUAAAGUAUGGUAUCAACACGAUCUAAACGUUCCGAUGAAAAUCAACAUCGAUUCUGGUUCAGAUAUUGAUGAUUUAAAACAAAACAUUUUUGGUAAAACUGAUAAAGGACAGUAUCUGGCGAAGUACAACGGCCAACCAUUAAGACCAUCGGCGAAAGUUCCAAAGGAUACAACUGAUGAUAAACCAAUUGUGUUUACUAAAAUUGUUGAUUUACCACCUGUAGAACAAAACAACGUACAAUCUAACAAAUUCAAACAAUAUGGAAUUAUUUGUGCGGGGGGAAAUGAACUAGGAAAUGAAUUAAAUCAACUCUUUUUCCCUCAUGGGAUCUUUAUUGAUCAUUACAAGAAUAUUUUCAUUGCUGAUCAUGACAAUCAUCGGAUUGUUGGAUGGAAAUGUAAUUCGAGCGAAGGACAAAUCAUGGUUGGAAGAAAUGGUCAAGGAAAGAGAGAUGAUCAAUUGAAUUGUCCAACAGAUGUUCUUAUUGAUACAGAAAAUAAUUCUUUCAUCAUUUCUGAUCGAAAAAAUAGACAAGUAAUCCGAUGUUUUUAUCAAAAUGAAGCAAAACCACAAGUUCUCAUUUCUGAUAUCGAUUGUUAUGGUCUGUCAAUGGAUAAAAAUGGAUUUAUUUAUAUUUCUGAUCCGGAGAAAAAUGAAGUGAGACGAUGGAAAAAAGGAGAGGGAAGAGGGACAACUGUUGCAGGUGGACAUGGACAAGGAGAUCAACUCAAUCAACUCAAUUCUCCUCGUUAUAUCUUUGUUGAUGAAGACGAGUCUCUUUAUGUAGCAGAUAAAGAUAAUCAUCGUGUGAUGAAAUGGACAAAAAAUGCAAAGGAAGGAAUUGUUGUUGCUGGUGGAAAUGGUGAAGGAGAUAGUCUCGAACAAUUGUCUUAUCCUUAUGGAGUGGCUGUUGAUUGCUGGGAUCAAAUCUAUGUGGCAGAUUUUGGAAAUCAUCGAGUAAUGCGUUGGUGUGAAAGAGAUGCAGAAGGUGAAAUUGUUGUUGGUGGGAAUGGAAGAGGAGAAGAAUUAAAUCAGUUGAAUGAUCCCAUUAGUUUAUCAUUUGAUGAUGAAGAGAAUCUCUAUGUUGUUGAUCUGAAGAAUCAUCGAAUAUUAAAAUAUGAAAUAUGUCUUGAUUAA